CUGCUAUGGGGCGAUCGCGUGGUGAUCCCGGAGAAAUUGAGGGAAAAGGUAUUGGACCUCCUCCACGAGGGUCACCCAGGGAUCGUAAGGAUGAAAGGGCUAGCUAGAAGCUAUGUUUGGUGGCCACUAAUGGACUCAGAAAUUGCUGAGAGGGUAGGGAAAUGCCAGGCGUGCCAAGAGUCCAGACCUCUUCCCCCAACGGCCCCAGUCAGGGAAUGGGAAAAACCCCAAGGGCCCUGGUCGAGAAUCCACAUUGAUUUUGCUGGCCCUUUCCACGGCCAAACUUUCCUAGUGGUAGUCGACGCUUUCUCUAAAUGGUUGGAAAUCAUCCUCAUGAGAUCCAUGACAGCCGAGGCAGUAAUCGCAGCCCUGCGGCACCUAUUCGCAACCCACGGGUUGCCUGACACCCUCGUAUCCGACAACGGCCCGCAAUUCACGGCAACCCAGUUUGAGGAAUACCUGGCAGACGAAGGCAUCCGACAUGCCCUCUCUGCACCUUUCCACCCUGCGUCGAAUGGCCUUGCAGAGCGUUCCGUCCGGAGCGCUAAGGAGGCAUUGUCCAGACUCAAGCCAGGCGACUGGCAAACAAAGAUAGAUUUCUUCCUGGCCGUUCAGCAUAGAACCCCCAGCACUGCUACAGGCAGAAGCCCCGCCGAAUUAUUGAUGGGACGGAAACUCCGGUGCCCACUGGACCGGUUAAAUCCCCAUUACACACCAGAGGGUUACAAGGGGGAACUGGAAAAAACGAGAGAAAUGAGCAUAGGGAUUCCAGACUUCACAAAGAGGGAGAAAAUCGGUGGUACCACGUGA